CUCAAUCGAACCUUUUGCAACGCGAUCAUGGUGGUGCACGAUGUUGCAACGGUUGGAGGCGACGGCUCACGACCAUACCAGUCGCCACUUCGUGGUCGACUCGCGUAGUCGCGAACGCUACACCUCUCACUUUCUUAUACCGAACAACUUCGAAAAAUAAUCAUGUAAUCUCGUGUUCGUGUUGGACCAUCGACAAAUAAGUUUUUCUCAUUAAUCAUGGAGUCGGAAAAAGAGGCGAGUCAAGUGCGUGAAGUGUCUUUGGUUAAGCCAAAUUACAUGCUUAUGUCCUUGCAGAGGAUAUUCGUGUUAACUGUAAUAAUAGUUGGAGUUCUUGUUGUUGUACAUUAUACGCCGAUGCCAGAGGAGUAUUUCGAGAACUGCGACCGAGAAUGUCAUGAGUUGGAUUGGCCAAUGAUAUGCCGUGUGAAACUAGUCAUCGAAGUCUACAAGACGCUUAGCAAAUCUUGCGGCAGUUGCACAGAGAAGGAUGGUGGUGAAUGUCCAGCAACAUGUAUAUCCGCAGACGGGCGGGAGCGCGGCGUUCUGGUCGCCAACAGGGCUCUACCAGCUCCCACACUGCAUGUCUGUGAAAACGACAUCUUGGUCGUAGAUGUGGUGCACCGAGCUCCAGCACACGCACUCUCCAUCCACUGGAGAGGACAGCCACAGAAGGAGACUCCCUUCAUGGACGGAGCGCCUAUGUUGACACAGUGCCCUCAGCCUGCGUAUACAACAUUCCAGUACAAAUUCCGCGCGUCCGCUGUAGGCACGCACAUGUACCACGCACACUCAGCUGCAGAUGCAGCCGAUGGUCUCGCGGGAGCAUUUGUUGUCCGCCAGUCCCCUCGUUUAGACCCUCUGAAGAAAUUGUACGAUGUGGACGCUACUGAACACACUAUAUUCGUGUCCGAAUGGGGCCAUUCUAUGGGACCCCUAGCUGGGGUCGUAUCACGUGUACCCAACGCUGAAUCCCUACUCAUAAACGGUAGAGGGAAAUCAUCGGAAUCUCCCGAAUCCCCGCAGUCAUCGUUUAAAGUAGAAUACGGGAAAAGGUACAGAUUCCGUUUAGCUUACGGAGGCGGAUCAAAAAGCUGUCCCAUUAAAUUUUCCGUUGAUCAUCAUACUUUAGAAGUUGUGACUUUGGAUGGCCACCAAAUUGAACUGGAGCGUGUGAAUUCAAUAGAGAUAGGUAGAGGCGAGCGAGCAGACUUUAUACUGGAAGCAAAAAGAGUACCCGGUAUUUAUAAGAUACGGGUAGCGGCAGUAAAGAGCUGUCAGGACAAUUUAGAGGGUGAAGCUAAUUUAGUGUACGACAAUAAGGGGCAAAAAGUGUUGCACAAAGAUGAUGACGUAGUUGAUGCACAAGUGUAUCGCGAGUUGACGACUGUGUCUAGUGAACGGUGUGAUUUGGACAAUGUGAUAUGUUUGCACGAGAUCCACUCCGCCAACAAGCUGCCUGCAGAACUAGCCGAGAAUCUCGACAAGACCAUCUACGUGCCUUUUAAUUAUUCUACUAGACAAAUUUCGGCGAAACGAGUCGAGAGUUGGGGUCAAACUGAUGGUCAUCGGUUCACGUACCCAGCAUCUCCACUUUUAACCCAGGGUGGUGACGUAGGCGCCAAUGCUUUCUGCCCGAAGGAGCCGGGGCAAGGAGACGAAUGUGUCCACGUCAAGAAUAUACCUCUCGACUCCACCGUCGAACUUGUGAUGUUCGAUCAAGGCGGUGAAUCUGACCACAUAUUCCAUCUUCACGGCUACAGCUUUUACGUGGUUGGGAUGAAGGAACUUCACAGAAGUUACGACAGAGAAAGCAUCAAGAAGAUGAAUGAAGAAGGCACUCUGUUCAACAAGAACCUCAUCGAUCCAGUUCAAAAGGACACCAUUGUAGUACCCAAGUUCGGUGCAGUAGCAUUACGUUUCAAGGCUGACAACCCUGGCUUCUGGAUGAUGAGGGAUGAAAGAUCCUCUCACUGGACCAGAGGCUUAGAUUUUAUAUUUAAAGUAGGGGAAGAAAGCGACUUUGUCCAAGCUCCCCCCGAUUUCCCCAAGUGCGGCUCUUAUGUUGGCCCCGAAUAUUUUCUCAUUUGAGUCCGGCCAGAAAGCCGAUACUAAAGUUACCUUAGAUUGUAUUCGUCAAUUUAUUUAUUACAUUUGUGAUAUGUUUGUUUAGGUUAUUCAUUUCGUAAAGCUAAAUUGGUUUUCGUGGAACGAAAAAUAUACAACUAAAUAAGUUUGUUGAAAUCAGGGAAAUGUGGAAAACAAUUCGAGAUAAUACUUUUGAU